AUGCCAUAUCUCAUUGAGUUGAGCGAAUGGCGCUUGCUCCGCGGCAUAGGGUCUCUCCUAGACCACCGGAAAGCGCCAUAUGUUCACAUGCAGUCACGGCCGUUCAAUGAUUUGAGAGAUCCCAACGCCGACUUAUUCGAGGUUGAGCUUCGGCGCGCAUUCAUAGUCCAGGAACUUCCUCGGGACCUGAAUUCGAGAGAGUUUGAGGAUUGCCAAGCAAAGCUAGAGAGCCUCUGCUUGCUACUGGAUAGACUUGUAUUGGACAGUCUUGUUUCGACUAGCCUUGCAUGGGGUCAAAGCCAUAGUCAUGAAAAGGUCUUCCCCCGGUUACGGGCAUUGACCACAUUUCUAGAGUCGACAUCUGAAACAGUUGAUCUGGCGAUUGGUGCUAACAGAACCCUCUUCAAACUUCCCAACGGUGCCGAACUCGGCAGGUGUCUGCAGAUUGUCACAGAAUGCAACGAUACUCUCAGUAGAUUGACUGCGUCAGCACCUCGAGAGCCAACUAUUCAGCCUCUCCAAAAACAGCAAAAGAGGCGAAUGUGGAAGAAGGCUAGAAUACGAAACCGAUCCACGUUUGUUCUUGGCACUCUGUUCGAACAUUUUAGAUGCGGAACAUCGCACGAGGUGUUACUAAAGCUUAUCGAGGACCCCGACGAGGAAUCGGUUUUGCCAAGCUUGCAGCUUAUGCUCUCACCAUGUCCAGAGUUGGAAUUAUGGCAGGAGGUGCAGUGCGAGUCUGUUGAUCUUGGUGAAACUUCAAUUUCUCGUAUUCCCGAUAUCUGUACAGACAUCCGACAGCACACCGGUCAAGGAAAGGCAUUAAUGCUUCUUAUUGAGAAGUAUGGGAUAUUCGGCGCCUGGGCAAAUCCCACUUCCUCCGGGCCGGACCCCUCAUCCAAGGAAUCUCUUAACCAGCUCAUCGAGAAAGGGGCUUUUAAGCCUCUAGAUCUCCAUGCAUUGAUUCAUGGAACGUCACAGCAGAAAUUUAGCACAAAGGAUAAACGAGCACUGGCUGUCAAGCUUGGGUUUUGCCUCAUGGACUUCUUCGACGCCGACAUCACCUCGAAAAGGAUCUAUUUCUUGAAUGCCCCAAAGCCAGGUCCCAGGGAAGGAUUCCCCUACUUGGCAUUUGGCUCGAAGCUUCCGGCGACAGCCGAUCCGUAUAGCUUUCGAAUGGGCCACCCUGCACUGCUUUCCUUUGCAAAGCUCCUGUUGGAGAUUGAUUUUGGCCAAUGUAUCGAUCUAGAGAUCAGUCCCUACAAUAGCCAGAAUCAAGCCACCUGGGCUAAGCUCGUGAGCUACGUGGACCGCCUCGAAGAGGAUAGAAGCGACUCAUAUCUCGAAGCCAUUAGAGCUUGUCUCCACGUUCAUCGCAAGAUAGCUGAGAAAUUGAGAUCUCGUGACCUUGACAGCAAGGGUGCAGACUCGAGAAUACGGAAAACGCUCUACAAGGAAGUUGUUCACAAACUCGAAUUGGGGCUCGCAGAGUCCAUCCCCAGGCCUGCCCACAAACGACAGAGGUCAGAGUCGCCGCCUGCGUCCGAUGACCGCAACAGGGCUCAAAUUGGCCACUCCUGGAAAACGGCCCCACGAUCUUUAGAAUCUCAACCUUUUGCAGCAGGAAUCAAGAGACGACGGACGCCGGAACAGCAUAGUUGGUCAUCCCGUGCUGUCUCUGAGUCGGCUCCAAGUGAAAAUAGCAACUUAUCUGAUCUCAAUAUCACGCAUUCCGAAACCUCUUUUUGUAGCUUUAGACCCAACUCUCGCGAAGGUUUCCAAAUCGCCCUGAUCUGCGCACUACGGGUCGAAUUCGACGCUGUUGAGGCUCUCUUCGAUGACUAUUACGAACAGGACUUCUCAUACUCCAAAGCACCAGGUGAUCCGAACGCUUAUACAACUGGAAAGAUGUGUGGCCACGAUGUUGUUUUGGCCUUUAUGCCAGGUAUGGGCAAAGUGAACUCGGCGAGUGUGGCGGCCGGGUUCCGUGCCAGCUUUCCUGGAAUUAGGCUUGGUUUGGUAGUGGGCAUCUGCGGAGGCGUGCCAGUUGGGACAGAUGACGAAAAAGAGGUCCUCCUCGGCGAUGUUAUCAUCAGCACGGCACUGGUCCAAUUUGACUUUGGGCGGCAAUAUACGAAUAAGGCUGUCAGAAGGGAUACCCUGCAAGACAAUCUAGGUCGGCCAAAUGCAGAGAUUCGGGCAUUCCUCACAAAACUUUCGGGAUCAAGGGGCCGUAAAACGCUGAAGGACAAAACUUCUGUCCAUCUUGAGGAGCUCUGCGAGAAAGAUGGCUUCAAGCAGUCUUCAUAUCCAGCAGAGGACGAUAAGCUAUACCUAUCCACGUAUCGCCACAAACAUCAAGACGAGUCAACUUGUGAGGAACUUCAUUGUCAGGAUAGUGAAUUGGUAUACCGGGCCCGGAUGUUAGAAGCACGGAAACCUGUGAUCCAUUUCGGCGUCAUUGUGUCAGGGGACUCAGUCAUGAAGUCUGGACAGCAUCGCGACGAAAUUGCUUCCCGCGAGAAGGCCAUUGCGUUUGAGAUGGAAGGAGCUGGUGUUUGGGAAAGCUUCCCGACGGUUGUGAUUAAAAGCGUGUGUGACUAUGCCGAUAGUCAUAAGAACAAGAAGUGGCAGAGAUAUGCUGCCGCAACGGCGGCUGCUUGCAUGAAGGCAUUCCUAGGGGAAUGGAGGCCGGCUCGGUAG